CGACCCAGGGCGCACAGUCUGGGGGGCGGGGGUGAGAAGGGCUCAGGCCGCCGGGCUCCACCCCAGAGGCCAGAGGCCAGAGGCCCCGGGUACGGAGCCCACUCCGAGACGGGGGGUGGGGGUGGGCACGACCCUGCGCACGAGGAGGGGCUGGGGAGAGACGCCCCGGGACGGGCGCGCGGACGUUCCCCAGCCGAGGGUCUCCGGCCUCGCCGCGCUCAGCCUGUGUCCUCACGUGCAAAAGCGGGGGUGGGGGGGCGCGGAGAAGAGCUGACGUCUGGGGAGGGGCUGCGGAGGGCCCCCCCCCUCCGAGCCGCCAUCUGACUACGGUGGCCGGCGGGGGUGUCGCGAGGGCACCCGGGGAGGCCGCCCCGGCCCGCCUCCGCCUCCCCGCCCUCUCCGCGGCGGAGGCCCCGCCCUCCCCGUCCCUCACUUCCGGCGGGCGCCCAGCCGGUCUCCAGGAGCCUCGGGUGCCGCGGCAGCAGUUUCCAUGGGGACUGAUUGGCGAUGGCGCCGCGAGGUGAGCUGCCCGAGGCCGUCGGCUGUCGUCCAUCUCCCUGGAGAUCCUGCUCUUUCUCAAUGGCUGGUACAGCGCCACCUACUUCCUGCUGGAGCUUUUCGUGUUCAUGUACAAAGGUCUCCUGUUGCCCUACCCAAGGGCCAACCUAGUCCUUGACCUGUUCAUGCUCUUUCUGUACCUGGGCAUUGAGAUCAUCCGCCUCUUUUUCGGUACAAAAGGGAACCUCUGCCAAAGGAUGAUGCCCCUAGGGAUCAGCUUGGCCUUGACCUUUCCAUCAGCCAUGAUGGCCGUAUAUUACCUCACGAUGCAGACCUACGUUCUUCGCCUUGAAGUUGUGAUGAGCACCAUCCUCCUCCUCUUCUGCAUCUUGGAGCUGUUGCUCGAGGUGAUCACGCUCACCACCUUCAACAGCAUGGAUACCUAUUGAAGUUCGAGAGGCCUUCCAACGCUGGCAACGCCCCAGAGGAACCCGCUCUUGGCAGGCCUGGCCCUUUGACUCCGUCUUGGCAGUAUCUGCUCAACCAGUCUAGAGAUCGCGUUGUGCAUCUUCUUCAGGACCACAAAGGGCACACAGCCCACCCCCAGGCCCUCACUCAGCUUUGCAGCGUCACAACCAGAACACGGGGUUUGGAUCGUCUAGGCCUCCUGGACUCCCGGCUUGAGUUAGGCCCCGUGUGGCGAGCAGACGUGUGUGCUCGUCUGUCCCCCCCCCCCCCCCAGCACCGUGGACCUGCACUUCAUUUCACAAGGGCAUUUUUCUUCUCCUAAACCGAAACCUCCUCCCAUCCAUUCCUUGAAGUGGGUGAGCUUCAGAAAGUACCAGGCACCAACGCUGAGCAGCUUGA